AUGCCGCUAGAAAUAAAAAAAAAUAAUACGUUGUUUUCUUUCAUUUCUUUUUCUUUUUUUCGCAUUUUUUUUUUCUUUGGGCGGGUUCCGUAUUGGUCAGGUUGUUCUUUUAUACUUUACCGAUUACAUGUUUUCUUUUUCUUUUAUGUCUCGCUCUCUCUUUCCAUAUCUAUCUAUCUAUCUAUCUAUCUAUCUAUCUAUCUAUCUAUCUAUCUCAGCCUUUUCAUUAUCUAUCUAUCUAUCUAUCUAUCUAUCUAUCUAUCUAUCUAUGUCAGCCUUUUCAUUAUCUAUCUCUCUAUCUCAGCCUAUUUAUUAUCUAUCUAUCUAUCUAUCUAUCUAUCUAUCUAUCUAUCUAUCUAUCUAUGUGUUAUGGUCCAGGUAAGGACCCAUGACACGAUGUCAUCCUGUUCCUAUCUAUCUAUCUAUCUAUCUAUCUAUCUAUCUAUCUAUCUAUCUAUCUAUCUAUCUACAAUUUGUCGCUCGUAUUCAUUCCUCUCGAUUCUUCAUCAUACCAUUUUCUCCUCUUCACUCCUAGUAAGGAAUUUUUUACUCUUUCUUUCUUUCUUUUUUUCUUUGUUAAGUCAGUCUUUUUAUCUCAGGCUUAUAUUUCUUUCUUUCUUUUUUCUUUCUUUCUUUUUUCUUUCCUUCUUUGUUAAGUAUUUUUUCUUUCUUCCUUUCAUUCAUUCUUUCUUCCUUUCCUUCUUAAAUCAUUCUUUGUUUUUUUAUCUCGGGCUUAGAUUUCUUUCUUUCUUUCUUUCUUUCUUUUCUUUUCUUUUCUUUUCUUUUCUUUCUUUCUUAAGUAAUUCCUUUUUUAUCUCAAGCGAAUAUUUAUUUCUUAUUUCGGGAUUAGGUUUCUUUCUUUCUUUCUUUCUUUCUUUCUUUCUUUCUUUCUUUCUUUCUUUCUUUCUUUCUUUCAAGUCAUUCCUUUUUUAUCUCCAGAAAAUACUUCUUUCUUAUUUCGGGAUUAGGUUUCUUUCUUCCUUUCUUUCUUAA